AUGGAAAUGGCAAAAGACAAUAUACAACUAGAUCAAUCUUCUAUUUUUAAACGAUUUCGACGGUCACAACAGCAAUCAACAUCGAUUCCAAUAACUGAUCAACAACAUAAAGAUUGUGAUUAUUUUAUGAAUUCAACACCCGCAAACGACAAACGAAAAUCAAUUCAUGAAUGUGCUAUUGAUUAUACAUAUGAUAAUACUAAUAAUAAUCUAGGAAUCAUAGCUGAUUGGUCAUCAAUGGAUAUAAAUCCAGCCACAAUGGAAAAUAAACAUUAUUUUGGUCUUUAUUUAAUACGUAUUAAACAUGGUUUAGUUCUUUUUUCUUUAUGUCUUACUGCUUUUCAAAGUCUUAUUUAUUUAUUAUUAGCAAUAUUUUCUGAAAAACCUUAUUUAUCACAAUUUAUUCUUGAAAUUCUUGUUUUUAUUGGAAUAUUUUUUCUAUCAUUAAUAUUUAUAUUAUUAUUUCAUCGUGAAAAAUUUUUUCAUAAAUAUGUACAUAUAUCAUGUUUAUUAAUAUGGUUUUUAUUGACAUUAUUUGCUAUAAUACCAAUUAUUUUACAACAAUAUAUAUCAGUUGUACGUUUAAUUGGUAUUAUAACAUUUUCAAUAAUAACUAUACAUACAACAUUACCUAUACCACGUUUAUGGACAGUUUUAAUGGCUUUAAUAACAUCUUUUAUUCAUUUAAUGCUUAUUAUUCGUACACAUAAUAUUCAAGAUCCAAAUAAUCGUUCUCAUAGAAUGGAAUUUAAACUUGAGUUUAUCUGUCUUUCAUUAUUUUUUGCUGCAUGUAACAUAUUUGGUUUAUGUCAUCGUUAUCUAACUGAUGUCCAUCAAAAAAAGACAUAUCAUAACACGAUGCGUUGUAUUGAAGCUCGUUUAAGACUUGAACGUGAAAAAGAACAACAAGAAACAUUAAUUCUUAGUGUUAUUCCAGCACAUAUUGCUUUAAGUAUGAAAUCUGAAAUGUUACGUAAAGUAAAAGAAACAGCUAAAUAUCAUAACCUUCAAUCUCGGGAUUAUGAUGAUCAAUAUUUAAAUACAAAAAAAAUUAAUACACGUAAAGCAGCAUUUCAUGAUUUAUAUAUAAAAAAACAUGAAAAUGUUACAAUACUCUAUGCUGAUAUUGUUAAUUUUACACCAUUAUCAGAAAAAUUUACUCCACCAGAACUUGUACAAAUACUUAAUAAACUUUUUGGAAAAUUUGAUCAAUUAGCACAAGAAUGUGAUUGUAUGCGAAUUAAAAUUUUAGGUGAUUGUUAUUAUUGUGUUAGUGGUUUACCAAUAAGUCGACCAAAUCAUGCAUUAAAUUGUGUACGAAUGGGUUUAAAAAUGAUUGAAGAUAUAAAAUUAGUACGUGAAGCAACCGGUGUUAAUGUUGAUAUGCGUAUUGGUAUUCAUACAGGACGAGUAUUAUGUGGUGUAUUAGGUCUUAAAAAAUGGCAAUAUGAUACAUGGUCAGAUGAUGUUACUUUAGCCAAUCAUAUUGAAGCUGGUGGUAUACCAGGUCGUGUUCAUAUUUCUGAAAGUACAUUACUUCAUUUGGGUAAUGAAUAUAAAGUUGAAAUAGGUAAUGGACAUGAACGUGAUGCUUAUAUUGCAAAAAUGGGUAUAAAAACAUAUUUUAUUAUUCCACCUGAUGUACCAAAUGUACAACAACAAUUAAUGAUGAAUGGUAGUGAUACACGUAAAUCAAGUAAAAAAAUACAAAAAUUAUUAGAUACAUGGUCAAAUGAAACACCAUUUGCUACACAACAUUUUGGUAAUAAUGAUAAAUCAGAUGCAGCAAAAAGUUUUAUACUUCUUGAAGAUAAUUUAAAACCAUUAACAACUUCAUUAAUUUGUUCUUGUCAUCAACAUAGUACACAUGAUCUUGAACCAUUAACACUUGGAUUUAAAAAGCAAGAAAAUAAAGAACAUAAAAAUUUAGAAGAUGAUGAAGGAAAUCGUCGAGCUAAUGAAAGUUUAUUUCGUUCAUUACCUGAAUUACGUUAUCAUUAUUAUGUUGCAAAUGCAGCUUGUAUUUUUUUUGCAAUUAUAGUUAUUCAAGCAUUAAUAUUUGAAAAAAAUGCUCUAUAUCUCAUUCUGGUUAUAUGUGGUUUAUGUAUAUUUGCUGCAGUAGCUAUACUCUGUGUUGUAGAUCUUUCAAAAUUAAAACGUGACAAUCAUCGUUCUUUACUUCAUCAAUCAGUUUAUUUAGUAACACAUUAUUAUUUUGUUCGUUUACCUGCUAGUCUUAUAUUAAUUAUAAUUUGUAUUUUAACACCAUUUGCUGUAAUAUGGUCAUCGCCAAUUGAUUUUAUUGAACCAUUUGAAAAUACAACAACAGCAAUAAAUAGUGAUAUAUUACUCUCAUCAUCAAAUCUUUCAUUUGCACAAAAUCGUUUUAAUCAAACAAUUGUUGUACCAGUUCAUACAAUUAAUAUGGCAUCAUAUUUAACAAAUUCUCUAUUAUUUGAAUUAUGUCCUCAUUUUGAAUUUCAUAUAUUACUUAUUCAACUUGCUUUAUUAACUGUUUCUUCAUUUAUGCAUCUUUAUUUUUUACUUAAAGCAUUAAUUAUGAUUUUAAUUGUAACUAUUUAUGUAUUUUAUUCAUAUUAUUCAAAUAUUUAUAAUAUUAUUGCUGACAAUUAUGGUAUGGCAAGUAGUACAAUACUUAUUGAAACAACAUUUGAAGUUAUUUUUUUUAUUCUUUUAUUAAUUGGACUUGAUCGACGGGGUCUUUAUCAUGAAAGUUAUGAUAAUGUUGUUGUUAUGUUUGCAUCAAUACCUAAUUUUAAAGAAUUUUAUGUUCAAUCGGAUGUAAAUAAUGAUGGAUUAGAAUGUUUAAGAUUACUUAAUGAAAUCAUUGCAGAAUUUGAUAAAUUAUUAGAUAAAAAUAAAUUUAGUUGUGUAGAAAAAAUAAAAACUAUUGGUCAUACUUAUAUGGCAGCAGCUGGUCUUAAUCCAGGUGUUGAACAUCGAAUGACAAGAGAACGAUAUAAUCAAAAUAUUGUUGCACUUGCUGAAUUUGCUUUUGCAAUGAUUGCAGCACUUGAAGGAAUUAAUCGAGAUUGUUUCAAUGAUUUUAAAUUACGUGUUGGCAUGUGUAAUGGUCCUCUUGUUGCUGGUAUUGUUGGUGCAAAAAAACCUCAAUAUGAUAUAUGGGGUAAUACAGUAAAUGUUGCUUCACGUAUGGAUAGUACUGGUGUCGUUAGUUGUAUACAUGUUCCAGAAGAAACACAACGAGUUUUAUUUGAACAUGGUUAUCCAUGUGAAUGUCGUGGACCAAUUUAUGUUAAAGGUAAAGGUAAUAUGACAACAUAUUUAGUUCGUCCACGUGGUUAUAUGAUGCCAACAUCAACUUCAAAUCUUUCAACUAUAUGCAAUACAUUGAAUAAAUAA